ACAUGUACUUGUACAAAUGGCUGUUUUACUUCUGUAAUGUGAAAUGUUAUGUAAAACAAUAUAAAUAAAUAGAAUGUGUGAAUAUUGAUGUAAUUUUAACCUAUACUCUGUAGAAACUGGAUAUUGUCUGUGAACUCAAUAAACACAAUGUGUGCACAUAAUUAGUGUGGUUUUUACUUGGACUGUGUCUAACAGUGUUUUAUGGCAAAGAUGGCGGAAGGGGUUGAUGAAACACAUAGCUGUAGCAUCUGUUUAGAGGAUUUUACUAAACCUAAAAUACUGCCAUGUUUUCACACGUUUUGUCAACACUGUAUAGACGACUAUAUCAAAGCACAUUCACAUCUCAACAAGUUUAAUUGUCCUAAUUGUAGAACACAGAUUCAAGUACCUGAUGGUGGUGCAAGUGGCUUUUCAACCAACUUUUACAUCCAACCAAAAGAUAAAACACAAAAUCAUUUCUGUCGGAGACACAAGACAAAAGAAAUAGAAUUUUAUUGUCGUGAUUGUUCUGUUGCUGUUUGUGGUAGCUGUGUUAUAUUAGAUCAUACAACUCACUCAAAAACUGACCUUACUGAAAUAGACCAAGAAGUCAGAGGAAAAUUAAAUAUUAUAAAGGGAGAGUUAGAAGGGAAGAUUGAUGAACUCGAGAAACACUGUGAACUAUUAACCAAUCAAAUAUCAGAUAUCAAGAACCAAGCUAAAAAGGCCUGUGAUAAUAUUGAUCAACAGGUUCAAAGAGUUUGUGACAAAAUCAAAAAACAUGGCAUUGAUAUAAAAUGUGAAAUGAAUAAAAUUCGUGAUGAAGAAAGUAAAAAGUUACAGACAUUACACGAAGACAUGACUAUAUUCAAGAGUUCGCUACAGACCAGUUUUAAAUAUAUAAAUGAUGUGCUGAAUGGCAAAUCUACUGUUAAAGUUGUAGAUGCGUUAACCAAUGUACAAACACUGGCUGAAAAUAGCAGGUCAACUACUUUAGAUAUACCCACAGUUAAAUAUGUAUAUUAUCCUAUGGUGAAUAUAGAUGGUAAUACUUUAAAACGGUUACUGGGUGAGGUCCAAACAAUGGACUCACCAACCUGGACGUCUAGUUUUAGUUUGAAUCAGAUAGUGAAAACAGAUGAGAACUACUAUGGUGAUGAUGUAAUAAUACAAGGAAUGAUAUGGCAUGUAUUUGUUAGACACCAAACAGAUACAUCAGGAUUAGGGUGUUACGUGUGGUUGAGGAGAGUAGAAGAUAAAACAGUUAAAACUGUUACAGCUAGUUUUACACUAAAACUAUUAAAUAUAAACGAUUUAAGUAAAUCGUUAGUGCUUCGAGAUAUACAGACAUUUAAACCCGGUGGUUAUGGAUGGGGUAGUUGUAAGUUUAGAGUGUGGAAUAAACUAGAGGAUGAGACGAACGGGUUUAUUGAUAACAAUAAAACAUUUAGUAUACAAGCUUCUGUAAAAAUAAAGAACAUAGAACGAUACUGAUAUUUAUAUUACAGAACAUAGUUCAGUUGAUCGGUGUUAUCAAGAUACCAGGACAUAUCCAUACCAUAAAUAUGUUAGUUCAGUCAAAAACAAAUAGAACUUGGUUAUUUGUAUAUCAAAUAUAUUUCUUGUUUAGUUUAUUUUGAAACUAACACAGAAUAAGUUAUGCGUCAAAGGUCCUGUUAGCAAUGCAGGCAAAAUAAACAAGCUAGCAAUUACAAAAGGAAGCGGUUAUGCGUCAAAUGUCGUGUGUGCAAUGCAGGCAAAAUAAACAAACCAGCGCCACCUAUAAGUGUUUGGUAAAAUCUUUCGAUGGGCCUAUUUUUUACCUGACCGAAGCCAAAAAUUAUUGCAAUGUCUGUAAAAAUAAAUGUUUGUAAGUGAUCUGUUAAAAAGGUUAUGCAGUCUUUGACAUGGAACAUGGACCCUGAGAGGAACAGAAACCUUGGACUCAAAUCCAACUUUUGACUGACAAGAAUGUUCUAACAAAGAUGCUACUGGCGGUAAAUUUGACCAACUUAAAACUAGGCCGGUUUGGACAAGUUUUACAAACGCGUUGAAAUCCAAGUGGUCAAGAUUUAUAUUUAUUUUUACAGUAGAGAUUAUCAUCUACUCUGUAGACUUCGGACAUUCAGGUCUAAACCAUAACUCCUAUAUUAGUUAUUGUGGGAUUGUAUGUGCAUUACUAUACAAGAUAUCGUAAUUAUGAAGAAGUGUGUAAAUUAGGCUGUAAAAACUUUACUUGACUAUUAGUUAUUAUUACAGUCUAUUAGUUUUUAUUAUAUAAUAUAUCAAAUGUUAUGACUUUUUAUUAUUGCAUCGUAAAGAUUAACAAUAUUACGAUAUGUUAUGAGAGCCAUCUAUUUAUUUGGGGUUGAAUUGUUUAUCUUUCGCUCGACUCCAGAUCAACCUACCAAUCAAAAGCCCUGUGUACAGAAAAUUGGAUGCACAAAAGGCUUUAGAUAUGCAGAUAUUUGAGUGGUUGUCUAAUAGAGGUCAAAGUGAACAAUGACAAUAUGCACAUUACCGACAUGGCUUAUUAAGAAAUUAUUUUGACCACGAUGAUGUGGAGAAAACAACCGAAGAAAUAAAACAAAAUUAAAUUUUUAAAUUAAUGGGAUGAAAGGGGAAGAAACUGUUGGUAUGUGGCUGAUUGGGCCCUGGCUUACAUAGACCGGAUUUAGGCAUGACAUGCGUCCCAGUGCAAUCAGCUCCCAUUCAAACCAAUUAUGAUCACCACCACUUGAUCCACUGGAAUUGAAUAAAUAAUUGUAAUGUUAUAUAGCGUGGGCCAUAAAUUGUUACCCAUUUUUUAAAAUGUGAAUCCUUUGGUAUUUUUUUUAUUCACAGCUACUUUGAUAUGAUUUUUAAUUUAGUUAUUAUCUGGUAUGUAUCUACGUAUUUAAAUUAUACUGUAUAAUAUAUUAAUUCACUAUCUUGCUUUAAUUGUAAUGAUUAUAACAAUAUAUAUGGACAGGGCUACUCAUCAAAUUUGAGUCAAUAGUUAUGGAUUUGCGUUCAUUUGGAGGCGUUGGCGCGCCAUUUUUGACAUAGACCAACAUAAUUUUAAUGAUCUUAAUGUGUUCUUUGCCCCGCAAAACCUAGGAAUAGUCCCCAGGAAGCUCAAAUUUGAGUUGAUAGUUACAUUAAGACGUUUCGGUGGUCAUCUUUGGCACCAUCUUGAAUUAAAAAACACACUUUUUCGGGGGUCCUACUUUGGUAAACUUUUAGUAUGUUAUACAGUACACUAAACCCUACCAGAAUCAGUUGGGAAACCUUUUGUAGCAAUUGUUG